AGAGGAGGGCAGAAGGGUCGCGGAUACGCAUAAGUACUUGUGGCUAUAAACGGAACGGAAACGAGUUGGUAAACGAGAAGGAAAGUGGAGAAGGUGCUUGGGCGAGAGGAGCGAGAAUGCAGAGCGGGCGCGCGCGCGAUACAUAUCGGGCAGGAAAGGAAGCGGAUGGCGCGUUGUGUUCGACGACUGGUGACGCGUUGACCGCGGCCGGUCCGAUGGACAGUCGCGGUCGGCGGACGCUGCGCUCAACAUGCACCGCGAAGCUCGUUGGGGAGCAUUGAGUUUUACAGCCCUGCUGUUCGGACUAGCAACUUCGUCGGGCGCGCCGAGCACCGGCGACGGCUCGUGGAGGAGCCGCGCGGGGGUCGAGGACAGAACCCGCUGCCCCAGAGUCAAAGCCAUUCGCAAUUUGGACAUCGGUCAGUUGCUCGGCGCUUGGUACGUGGUGCAGUACUACGCGAGCUCCGAGGAGGCCCUCUCGUACCAAUGCAUGCGCGCCGAGCUAUCCGUGCAGCCGGACAACGCCGAGGUGACCAUGAACUUCACCUAUAGCUUCGUGGAUGACCCGAUGAACGAGCAGCUCUUUGGAAACAUCACCUGGAAAAUACCCGAGGCCGAGGCGCCCGCACACUGGCUGCAUGCCGAAGUACCCUAUGAGGGCAUUUACAACACCUACGUAUUGGACUCUGACUACAAGUCUUGGGCGUUGCUCAUGCACUGCGCCGAGAAGGCCAAGAGUCCCCGCUACCUCUCCAGUCUGAUCAUGAGCCGGCAGCCGAGUCUACCGAAUAACGUCGUCAACUAUCUACGGGAGAAACUUCCGAGAUACGGUAUUGAUCUCGAAUACAUGUUCCCGAUGCAUCAGACUGAUUGCCAGACCUUGGAUCCUUUUGUCGCGAAGCCUACAGCUAGUCCAAUCGAUAAUCGGGAUCAUCGCUUUCAGCGGCGGCAUCCUCUCAAAAGAAAACACAAGAGGACUCAGCAGCAGAUCUGAAAAUUUCCUCGAUAACCGCUAUAAGCGAGUUGUCAUCAAUGUCGAGGUACAAAAACAAAGGCACGCAUAUAGCAAGCGAUCUUGUUGUGUCAUUUGGGCUAGU